AGGAAGAGCUUGUCAAGCGGUGCGCGGGGGCGUUCAGUUCACUCAACACUACUGGCAAGCCUUAGUCCACUCUUUCACUGCCAAUAUCUCAUUUCAACUUCUAUCACUUUGUGUCGACGUUGAAUGCUAUUUUUUUUUCUCUGUUUUGUUAUCAGGAUUGAGUUCCAACUAACAUCCAUCUUUACAUAUUCGGUAGAUUCGAGAUCCAACUUUAUUGCUGUGUCAUAGACGAGCAUAGACGCCGGAGCCCUCGGAUACUGCUUUAAGGUAUGUUUUGUCACCGAUUUGGGUGAAAGGGCAAACCAAAGCUUGACGACAUACUUCUUCAACUGUCCAUUAUCUUCCAUGUACGACAUUUAUCACGACCUUUGACGACCUUGCAUCCAGCUCAUGGAGGCUCCACAAACUGCCUCUCCAAAUCCGCCACCGUUCACGAGUUCGUCUUCUUCAAGGUCGCGUAGCAGCACCAAGUUGGACGAUGUAACUAGCCUGACAUCCUUCAACCCAUUUGCCGAAGAAGAUGAGAAUGAUCAGUCAUCAUAUGCCCUAGUAGCCUCUCUGUUCUCUAGGGUGAAGAACUCUCUUGCAGCACCGUUGUCUUCAACGGUAUCAAGCAACCUUCCUCAACAUAGUGCUCCGCAGGCGCCCAAUACUGCGUAUGCUUCUGAGCCGAGACGACCGUCUUUACAAACAUCUGUGUCCGGCAGUUCUAAUAAAUCUAAUGGUGAACGCCCAACGUCUUUGAGACUGAACUCCGUCAAUCCUGCCCCUCCCUUGGUCUCACUAACACCUGUGAGCGGGAAGGAGCUUACUUACACCGAUUUCGAACGCACACCCUCAAAAAAUGGAUUGUUCUAUUCGCCUGACAAUCCAGACGGCAGUUAUGGCACAGCCAUACCAGGCUUUCCUAUCCAGGACGAUGCCCGUAGUAUUCGGACCACCGCCAGUGUUAGUAUUCAUCGGUCUGCUUCUGCAUCGAAAGCAAUCCGUCGACUACAUGGUGAGGGUUUGUCCCGCGAGUACUGGAUGGACGAUGCAUUAUGCAAUGAAUGUUACAUGUGCAAGUCGGUGUUCACAGCGUGGCGGCGAAAACAUCAUUGCAGGAUAUGUGGUCAAGUGUUCUGCUCUAGAUGUGCUUCGAUGAUCAUCCCGGGAACACGUUAUGGCCAAGAUGGAAGGAUACGAGUCUGUAAUCUUUGCAAAUCCAAGAUGCUUGACCCUGAUGAUGAGGAUGGCGAAGAUGACCGUCGAUCCAUCAUCUCCAGCGUCACCUCCCCUUUCGCUGCACAUCAAUUUGGGUCUGAGCCUCGACCACUGACCCGAACCCACCUUCCACAAUCACCAUUUGCAGCAUCCCAAUUGUUUGGACAGAGUGAUUCCUACAGCCUUUUCUCUAUCGCAGAAAUGAGACGACCUUAUUCCGGUUCUGACGAGAGUGGCUUUGUAUCCAGACCGCUGACUCCAGCCGACAAUGGACCUGACAGUCAAUACGGUUUCCCUGUACCGUUUCGUCGUGCCAUUUCGGACGACGACCCUGUUUCCUUGGCUGACCGGUUCAGACACGAUCAUUCGCCAGCAAACGGCUCCAAGACACCAGUAGAGUUCCCUCUUACCGUUCCUGUCGAGACGGAGGGGCAAAGCACCAUUGCGUUUCCCCUUAGCUCGUCAGAACAGGCCUUUGACUCUGAAACACCUGGGAUGCCAAGGUCGAGGUAUAACUCUUAUGCUGACUUUGACGGGGCUGGUGGCUCUCGAAGCCGUGUUCAAAGUCGACUGGAUAAUUUCGGUGAACCUGGCUGGCGUGUAAGGCGAGAGAGCACUGCUUAUGCUCAGGAACUUAACACAAUAUCCAUGUUCCAUCUACGCAUCAUGCUCCGGCAGCUACUCACUUCACAGAACAUUCCAAAUGUUAAAGAGUGGGAGGAGAUACUGCUUAAACUCGCUCUUCGCAUCGCACGAGAAUUAACUUUCACUGCUCAUCCUAACCGACAAGGUGCAGAUAUGGAUGUCAGACGCUAUGUCAAGAUCAAAAAGAUUCCCGGAGGAUCUCCUUCUGAUUCAGAAUACGUUGAUGGUGCGGUUAUCACAAAGAACAUCGCGCACAAGAAAAUGGAUCGAGCUGUCGGCAAUCCUCGGGUCAUGCUCGUUACCUUUCCACUGGAGUUCCAUCGCAUCGAAGGGCAGUAUAUGCAUUUUCAGCAGCUACUGUUGCAGGAGAAGGAGUACCUUGGCAAUCUUGCUAGUCGUAUUGCCGCUCUGCGCCCUACUAUCGUCUUGGUCGAGAAACCAGUGUCGAGGAUAGCACUCGAAGCUCUCACUGCCCGCAAAAUAGUCGUGGCCAGGUCCGUGAAGCGGUCCGCUAUCCAAUGUGUUGCUAGGAUGACACAAGGUGAUAUUCUCAAUUCGAUAGACAAGUUGGCCAUGGAACCACAUCUUGGUCGCUGUGCUCGAGUGCGUGUACAGACAUUUGAUCAUCCACUUAUCCCUGGGCGAAGGAAGACCUAUAUGCGGUUCGAAGGAUGCAAUAGGGAAAUGGGUUGCACGAUCGUUCUCAGAGGCGGGGAUUUGAACGUGCUGAAGCGCAUCAAGAAAGUCACUCGCUUUCUGGCAUUCACCGUUCGUAAUCUUCGUUUGGAGACACAUUUAUGGAAAGAUCUCGUCAUUUCCCUACCCAGUCUUUCCAAGUCAGCUACCCCGGCGCUAGUAGAUUCUUCAGACUUGUCCGAACAUGAGAAGACCAACAAAGACAUCCCAUCAUCUACUACAUCUGUUACGCAGCUUGCGGACUCUCCAAGCGCCGAAGCGAAGGACAUCUUUGCGGAGAAGUCUCAGUCUUAUACGGCCAUUGACGACUUGCCUGACGAGGAUGCAGAGCAGCUGCGGUUAUCUCACCGUAUCCGUGAGUCAAUCGAGCCUUAUGAGAAGACUUUCAUUUCUGUCUCGGCUACUCUCCGGUUCCCCCCUCCAUAUCCCAUCAGGCGCAUGAAGGAAUUGGAUGAUGAAUUGAAGCGAGCGAAGCAGGAGUACGAGGACGAUCUCGUUCGCCGCGGGGAGAAAGCCGAGAGUCAGUCCGAAGAGGAGGUGCAGACUCCUGCUCCUUUGAUCCAAGCCGAGACGAAUGAAGACGUUGCAGCCCAGAUUGAGUCCCUGCCUAUGGUCGAGCCACCUGCGACUCCCACUCCGGGUGGUACUUCGACCAAUCAGGAUCCACCGAGUUACUUCGAUGUUCCUCAACCGAUUUGCUCCCAAGUGCUGGAUGGAACUGUUGUUGCAUCCCCCUACCCUCGAAGUCCACGCCCGCCACCUGAGGUUCCAAUCGAGGUUACUCAAGACAAGGAUAUCCGGCUUCAGAGCCGUCUGGAUUAUAUUAAAUGGCUUCACACAGAACAACGGCGUAUCUGGGAGUGGUACCUGAGGAAGAAUGGAGAUGAUUUUGACGUCGAAAAGUACCAGUGCAUCAGCCUUUGGGAGUUCACUUUGCCCAUCGAGGAGUUCGGCCUACAUCGUGCCUGUUUCCCUCCACGGCUCCGAUAUAUCACAUUCUAUGGCGAGAACGAUUGUACGCUUGGCCAAUUCAUCGAAAAGUCCGUUAUGGAUACCUUGCGCCAAUUCCUGGAUCCAAGGGCCAUCUGUGAUGGGAAAGGAUGUGGUCAACCCAUUGCUCGACAUUGCAAGGUUUUCGUACAUAACGAGACUAGAUUAUUCGUCGCUGUCGAGCAGUGGGACGGUCAGAUCACCGAUAACGCUCAUCUCAUGACCUCUCCGGACACUAUCGUUACCUGGAGUGCAUGUCGUAUCUGCGGAAAUGCCACACCAUUCAUCCCUAUUUCGGAGGAGAUGCAAAGAUACUCAUUCGCGAAGUUCCUCGAAUUGCACUUCUAUCCCGCAGACGUCCAAUUGGUCCCAGGCGCGGGUUGCGAACAUAACAUCUAUAAACACCACAUUCGGUUCUUCGCUGUAAAGGGUAUGACGGUGCGUUUUCAAGCGGAUCCCAUUGUCAUGCACGAGAUUGUAUAUCCACCCAUGAAAAUUCGCGUCAAGCCUGAAAGCCAACUUCACAUCAAGAACGACGACUUCUUCCAACUGCACAAGAGGAACCAGACGUGGUAUGCGGCACUCAUAGACGACCUCAAGCUAAUCUCUAUCGACGCAGCGACAGGCGAUGAAGAGGCGGACAAAAAGUUGACUUUCCUCAUCAACUCCUUGAUCCAGAGAGCUCAGCGCGAGAUAGUGGAACUUGGGGUGACCAUCAACCGGAUUUAUCAAAGCACAUCGCACACGGAAACCUUAGCUCUUAAUCAAGUGCGAGCUCAACGGCAAGAUAUGAUUGUUGCUUGGCAGCAGGACUUCGACAGAUUACCAAAGCCCAAGCAGCUUGACAAGAACUCUCGAAAGCCUUCUGCAUUUGGAUCGGUGCGCUCGAUAUGGCCGAGGAAGUACGACUCCGUUUACGAUCAACACGUUUCUUCGACCAGCAUCACAGAGGUGGAUGAUCAUGGGAUUGUAAUGAGGAGAGUGACGGGCGACUCGUUCACCUCUACCUCGUCUGCGUCCGACGCUGAAGCUUCAGAGAGCGAACAGUAUCUUGCCCAUGUGUUGGACAUCGCACUUGGUGUUGAUCCGAACAUAAUCCUUAACAGGCCACCGCCUCCGCGUCCCAAAGUUCCUGAAGAUACCUCUUCCAAGUCAGACCCAGAGAGUGACUCAACCAUUGGUGCUCCUCGUGGUACGAUCACCGACAUAACGAAAGAUACACCAGAAGAAGAAGAGGCGCAAACAAGUACGGCUGUGCCGUCUGGUCAACUAACAGAUGUUCAAGAAGGCGAUCUCGAACAGACUCUGAAACCUGCUUCGAGGUUGCGUCGCCCUGCGCAAUAUCCGAGCGUCGCAGAGAUGGUGAAGAAAUACCAAGAUUUCAUCCCCGCUCGCGGAGUCGAGGAGUUGACUAAGACAGCAUUAGCUCCAGGUGUCCCUGUAUCAGAGAGCGAACAGGAAAGUACUCAGACCGUUUCAGGAAAACCACGGAACCGGCAAAAGAAUCCAAGACAGACACUCAGCAAGAGAUCAUCCGUGUCCGACUUCGAGCAGAGCUACGCCGCCAACAUUGCUCCCCGGUACAUCGUCCAUCCUCCCACGAGGCGUUGGGGAGCAUAUGGGACUGGUAGUCGUAUUCCCUGUCCCGUUGGUGCCUCCUCUGUUGAGUCGCAUCCUCCUUCACGCCGAAGUUCGCCUGACAAGCGACCCUCGUUUGGGCGAACCGAAUCAACACCCAGAACGGGUCGCCAUUCUCCACCAAGCGGAAAAACUCAGCCGGCGGGCCCCUUCGUACCCAAAGUGCACCGGUUACAGCAGCCUCAGCGCGCGGUAGGCAGAGAGCGAACAAAGAAUAUACGUCAGAGCUAUCCAGGCAAUGCUAGUGUUCCAGGAAACAAAGCCACUGUUAAGAGGAGUUCUGGAGGCACUGCCAACAAAGUUUCUAAUAUUACGAAACACUUCGAGCGGAUUAACAAGGACAAUGAACGGGCCAGUCGUCGGUACUCCGUGAUUCGUGGAAGACGAGCACGACCGGUUGCCACGGCACGUGCUAAAGUCGAGAUCCUGGAAAGCAUCAAGGACGCUAUCAAUGACGAAGAGGAUUCGGAAGGCUCAGAUUCUAGCGAGGCAGACGAUGAGGGAGGUGAUGAGGAAGAAGCCUCGCAACCACCUAAGCAAGCAAGUCCAGAACGUACAUCGGCUUCCUCUGAGCAUGUGCCAAACGGUGAAACAAAGGUCGAUGUGAAAGAUACGGUUUCUCAUCCAGCACUGCAGCAGGAGAGUGCAACACCUCCGGAAACCAAAGAUAUUUCACGCCUUCAGCCGCCAACGCCAGCAGAAGCAGUAAUCCCGUCAUCUGCGCCACCCUCGGUACCAGCUUCACCAGCCAUGGCACCGAUCGAGGGUAUAACAUCAUCUAUCUCACCACCUCCAGAGAUUGACAUAGGACCCUCGGGCAACGAACGGAGUUCUAGUCUACUCAAGGCGCUCUCUGGCUUCUGGCCUAAUCAACCUCCUCGCCAUGAACAGGACGAUAUUAUGGCAGAUCCGGAACAUAUCUUCCGCGACUCUUCCAUGGUCGUGCGCACGGACGAACCUACUUCUAUUAUUGCCUUAGCAUUGAAUUCCCCACAAUACCGCGACUUGCUGGCCAAAUCUCGUGCAGAGAAACGUCUGGCAAGGGAGGCAAAGAUUACAGAGGGUGGCGAAGCGUUCAUGCCUGAUGAUAGAUCAGUAGCAGAAUCUACAUCUACAUGGGGUGUUGUCAACGUUGAUUCGAAUGAUGGUGCGGACCCUACGGAAGAGUUACGCGUGCCCUCGUCAAAGCUUCCGUGGGCAAUUUCAUUCGAGAGUGGAGGUCUUACCAUCAGUUGUACAGUGCUCUAUCCGGAGCAGUUCGAUGCGUUACGCCGAACCUACGACUGUGAGCGCAGCAUGGUUGAGUCCCUUGCGCGAUGUAUCAAGUGGGAUGCGAGUGGUGGAAAGUCAGGUUCGGCCUUCUUGAAGACGCUGGAUGACCGAUUCAUCGCGAAGGAACUCUCGAAAGCAGAGCUUCAAGCCAUGGAGACCUUCGCCCCGUCAUACUUCGACUACAUGUCAUCUGCCGUCUCUGCUAACCGUCCUACUCUUUUGGCCAAGAUCUUUGGUUGCUUCAAGAUCACCUUCAGGAAGACUCACAAGGACAAGAGCAGUAAGACCAAGCUGACCCAGAUGAACUUGCUGGUCAUGGAGAACCUUUUCUAUGACCGAACAUUCUCCAAGAUCUAUGACUUGAAGGGCUCAACACGAAAUCGACAUGUCCAAUCGACUGGGAGGCUAAAUGAGGUUCUUUUGGACGAGAAUCUCGUGCAAACUGCCCAUCUAGCGCCCUUCUACCUUCGAGAGCAUUCAAAGCGCAUUCUUCGCGGCGCACUCUAUAAUGACAGUCGGUUCUUGGAAGAACUCAAUGUCAUGGACUACUCCCUAGUCGUUGGUGUGGAUAGUGAAAAGAAUGAAUUGGUCGUUGGCAUUGUUGAUUACAUCAGGACAUAUACAUGGGACAAGAAGCUGGAGAGUUGGGUUAAAGACUCCGCAUUCUUAGGUGGUGCCAACAAAGGCGAACCUACGAUCAUAGGCCCUAAGCAGUACAGGCAGCGAUUUUUAAGUGCCAUGGAGCGCUACUUCCCCAUUGUUCCUGAUAGAUGGAUGAAACAACACGAUGCACCUGAAGAAGAGGGCAAUGUUUUACUCGACCUCUGGCCCGACUGGUAACCCCGUGCAUCCUUUUCUCCCCAGUGAUUUCUUUCAUAGAUGGUUAUUCGCACUCGCUCGCAAUUAUUUUUUGGCACCUUGGAUCACUCAUCAUCGAACACUUUCUGUGCAGUUGUACUAUAUUGCCUCCCAUGCUUGGAGAUACCCCAAGCACCUAAUGAUACCACCUGUACAACAGUCCUCUGGAUGUAACAAUAGUCUAGACAGUCUCUAAUGUAACAGACCGAUAUUGCUAUCUCUUUAACGUCUAGAGUUUUCGCAGCUUAUUCUUCUCCUUGCUAGAGAGCGUUCUGAUCUGGUUCUUCACUUCGGAAGAGAAUUGCUCCUUCGUAGCUUUCUUGUCUGCUCGUCGGAGUUGGCGAUCGGCUUUGACUGCCUGUUUGCGCAUUUUCUUUUCCUCUUUUGCUUCGUUCUUCGGUCGAGUGAUUGUCGUGCAUGGUGCUUUCGAAGAUAUCAGAGGAGACCGUCCGCGGUAGGGUAUGAGAGAUACUUACAUGAUGAAUCUUCAUCCUCAUCGUCCGAGAUGACUGGCUUCUUCUGCAUGGAUCUCCGGUGAAUAGGCUCAUCCUCGACGAAAGGAAGGCCUGUCUUGCGAUCCAAUCGAAUCUUUGGUACUGCUCUCUCUUCGCGAGCACGAAUCAAUCGUGGAUGAUUUUCCAGAUUGCUAUAUGUCGCUGUUGUGGACAUGCCGCGUCAGCACAAGCUAUGAUGGAGACGAAACAAUUUCAACACGCACUCAAAAUGGUUUCGCAGUCCCACCUGUCCUUCUUGUCAUCCACAUCCAGCGGCAUCAGAAUGUUAUCGUCAUCCUCUUCAUCACUCUCCUCUUGAUAAAUCUUCACUUCACCGAGUGCUUUGCGAACCGUAUCCAAUUUCUCUGCUGCAGUGUCGCCGGCCAGGACAGGACGCAUCUUGCCUCCGAGGAUUUCGUAAUUGUCGAGGAACUCGUUCAUCAUCGCGUCGAAGUCUUCUCGAGAGGUUAUAAGUUCUGGUGCAGAGGCCAUGUCCGAGAGACCUUCGUCCCUUUCGUCUCCGUCCUCGUCUGAAU